AUGAGAGCUAUUGUAUUGCUGUGUCUGUUGCAUGAAGCUUUUGGUCAGGAUACAUUGUUUUCCUGGAAUGGACCUGGUCGCGUAAACGUACCUAUUGCGGAACCCAAUCCAAGUGAUGACUGUCUUCUAAACCAGGCGUCAUGUGGCUGCUGUCUGAUGCAGAGACAGAUACAAAGGAUGGAGUGGUUCUUUAACAUCACCUAUGACGAAAUGAAGAAGGAGCUGACAAAAUCAAAGACAGCCCUCGACAAUAUGAGAGCCAGCCGCAGUGCCUUCUCUGUAGCUCUAAACAAUGAAAAAAGUCCUACCUGCUAUGGGCCUUUCCCCACGGACAGGCUUAUCAUCUACAAACAUGUUUUUAUCAACCUGGGAGAUGGCUACAAUGUGCAGACCGGUAUCUUCACAGUUCCCCGCUCUGGUGUCUACAGCCUCACCGUCACCAUCUACGCCACUGGUUUGCCUGGUAACAAACUGGUCACCUGUGCCAACCUGCAGGUUAACGGCCAAGUGGCAUAUCCGCUAAUCGAACAAAAUGGCCAGGACCUUGAAGACAGUUCUACUGUUGUUAUGGCCAUCAAACUCAAGGCUGGUGACCAGGUGGCUGUUAACAUGCCCAAAGGAUGUUUCGUCUGUGACAACAACAACCACUAUAACAUUUUCACUGGUUUCCUGCUCUAUGCUACUGACUAA